AUGACAAUCCCAACCCCAACCCAUAUUGCCAAUCAACGCCCCCUCAUUUGCGUACUGCUGGCCACCGCACCCCUCCAGGCGUCAGACCUGCCGAAGCCUAAGAUCCUGGCGCUCAACCACGCCGUCAAAUACGUGAAGAUCGCGCUUCUCCUGAAUGGCCAACACUUGCCGUCAAUACAACUCCUAAUCCUCUGUCUGUCGGCUCUCAAGCAGUACAACGAAGCGCUCGCUCUUUGCGAGACGGCUCUC